AUGGAGGAACAGCGUCCGUCUCUCCACAGUCACCUUUACAAACAUCAGUGGGCUGAUACUAUAACGCUGUUGCUUGUAUGCCUCUCUUUCAAUAUCUUAACAGUUUCGUGCCUUCUAAUAGUAUUUAUUCUUGCUACCACCUCGCAGAAUUUCAUUUCUUUAUGGCUUUCGGUUUCUAACUCAACAAAAUACAUUAUAGAUGGUGUUGAUAUAUUUGAUAGAGCCAAUACUGAACAAAAGGUGCCAACUGUGAGUGGUAAGAAUUCCAAAAAGGCGUUGGUAUCAAAGAAUCAACAGGUAUUCUCAGCGGGAUAUGAUAAGCCGCCUGGGUGGAGUUUUGGCCGUCGUUAUUUAGGAUUGGAGAUUGUGUUGGCUUGGAUAUUUUAUGGACUUCGAACACAAUAUUUUAUGAUACCCAUUGAGAACUUUGCAAUAUCUAUCAUUGCUAGCACGCUAAUAAACGACAAGAUAGACACACUAAAGCAUGCAGUAUUAUGCUCCAUCCUCUAUAUUAUUUGUACGAAACUAUUAGAGAUGCCUACCAAUGAUACAAGCAUUUCAUCUAUGUUUUCUGAGAACUUACCAGUGGGCAUGAAACCGCUCAAAUUUAUUAAUGCAUUGAACCCAAUUCCAAUCUUAAUACGUCAUGUACCUUUUCUGAAGUAUGCUCUAUCAUUCCAUAUUGUUGCUCAAUUUUAUGUGAACAUUAAAUGUUUUGUUUUUAAACCAAUUCAUUUGUUUUACAACACUGAUAUGGAGGUUUAUGGUAAUGCAGCAGAAAUUGCUACAACUGUUACGGGUACAGGAGCCAAUACUAAAUUGAUAAACUUAAAAGGCAUUGCUGCGAAUGAAAUCUCAGGGGCACAUUCAGCUGCUGUGAUCGACCUUUCUCCAAUACAACAAACGUCAACAUAUUCUUCUAACUUUACUUCGGCUAGUUCCAAAACCCCAGUUUCUUACCUUACAUCGUUCGUGGAUGAAGUGAACAUUUCACAAUUCCCUCUAGAUGCGGUAGACACAAAUGAUACCGUCAAUGAACACUACAAUAUAUCAUUGAAUUACGGUGAAGACCAACCGGUGUUUGAUUUGAUACGGGCUAUCACUGAUGCUAAUAUAGGUACUUUUAUCUAUAAACUUUUCAAGGAUAAAAACAAAUACCCUUUGCCUCCAUUGUGGUCCAUGUUUACUGCUUUUAAGAUAAUGUGGUUUAAGAAAACUUGCCUAACGAAAGAUACCGUGAACUUUAACAGUAGUGUCUGCUCCUCACAUGUCAAUGAUUACAAUACAUUAAACAUUAUUCCUAAAACAUGUUCUGCAAAUUGCAGCGUAUGCAUAACAUCUAUCGGCUCUACAAGUAUAACGUUUUGUAUUGACAAUAUAACUAAUGGGGAACUAAUCAUCCUUGUUAACGGGGUAAUAUGGCCUCAAGUAUUCUGUGCAGAAGACGACAACUACCCAAGAAGGCUGCAUACAUUAGUAAGCGGUCUUAUUCCCUCAUCUUUAUUCGAAGUUCAAUUUAUUAAAAGCAGCUCUUUUCAAAAUUGCAAAAUAGUGGACUUAGUUAUAAGAACACAAUCUACAGGCAACAAGAAUAGUUUAAGUUUUCCCUCAACGUGCGAAAGGGCUUCAUUAUCGCCUCAAAUGACGUUAAAGCACUCGAUAAUCACUACCAAUAAAUUACUUCUCGAGGAACGGUCAAAAUUAAAGAAAACGAAGAAGGAAAUGGGAAGGAAACUUAACGGAUUGCGACAGGAAAUAGACCAGAUUAAGGGAAAAAUUGCAUCCAAUGUCUCACAGGAUGAGAAGACAACAUUUAAAAUAGAUAACCUUAAAAAUACAUUACAACAAGCUGCAGCACACGUAGCACAAUUGGAAGCAACACUAUAUGACCUGACAGCAGAGGAAGUGCCAUUAAAAGCCGAAUAUUUGAAAUCAAAAGAAAUAGUUCAUCAGAAGAAACUAGAAUAUAAUAAGCAAGAAGCCUUAUACAAUAAGGAUUUACAAAACUUUUCGGCGACUCUUGGGCGACUUAAACAUGAGAUUCAGCAGGCAUCCACCAAAAAGGAAAAGUUAUUAGCGAAACAGGAAAAGUUGAUAACUGAACUCCAGCCAUUUGACGACCAAUUCUUAAAGUUUAAGGAUGUUUUCACAAAACAAUAUGGUAUUGUUCGUAAUAAGUUUAUACAGCUUAGACUACGGGAAGCUAAUGAGCUUGAAAUGGAAAUAAAAGGGCUAGAACAGGAUAUUAGCCGUCUAGAAGAAGAAUAUGCUGCCUUAAAUCACUUAAUGCAGCCAGUGAAAUUUAGUGAUAGUACCCUAAUUCUGAAAUGA